CUCCGUAUACUCCGUAGCGUAAAAAAACGACUGUUAAAUGCCGAUGAUCGAAAAAGGAACUCGAAAUUCAAAUCAGAAGGCGAAUUCCAGAGAGGGGGAUUGCGAGAUCGACUUCGUCUUCCAAUUAGGUUUUCCGUUUAUGGAGUAAAUUCCUUCAUUUCUGGGGAGCUAAGCUGUAGAAUCGAGUUACCGACGGCAAGGUGCGAAGAUGAGCAGCAGAAGAGAAGAAGAGCGGAACGAGAAGAUCAUUCGGGGGCUCAUGAAACUCCCUCCCAAUCGCAGAUGCAUUAACUGCGAUAGUUUGGGACCCCAGUAUGUCUGCACAAACUUCUGGACGUUUGUUUGUAUGACUUGCAGUGGAAUACAUCGUGAGUUUACACAUCGUGUCAAAUCUGUAUCAAUGGCUAAGUUUACUACACAAGAAGUUGAAGCUCUUCAAAAGGGUGGUAAUCAGCGAGCAAGGGAGAUCUAUUUGAAAAACUGGGAUCUCCAGAGGCAAAGGUUGCCUGUUAAUAGUAAUGCUGAAAAAAUACGGGAGUUUAUAAAGACUGUUUAUGUGGAUAAAAGAUAUGCUGGUGGACAGUCCAUGGAUAGACCUCCACGUGAUACACAAAACCUUAGAGGCCAUGCAGAUGAGACGAGACGGGCAAGUUCAUACCAUUCUUAUUCUCAAAGUCCGCCAUAUGAUUUCCAGUAUGAAGAAAGGAUUUAUGGAAAGCCCGGUCCUACUCUUACAAGAAAGCCGGGUUCAGAUCGAGGUCUAUACGAUGGAAAAGUUUCUAGUUUCUCAAGUCCAAGUCAUUUGAGUGACCAUAUGAAUGAGAACAGGUUUGCAAAUGAAGGUUCUAACCCCAGAGCGUCAGAUUUCUCUGUGUCUAGUGGAGGUGAUCCGGUUAGAUUUGAGGUCCAGUCACCUAACUACCAAAGAGAUACAGGGUUUUCUGGCCAUACACAGAGAAUUGCAUCAUUGGGAAGCUUUGGAUCUCUAGACAACUCCCUGUCUUUCAAUUCAGUAAGCUCUUUUGAUUUAACUGAAGCUGGUUCAGAGCCUGAACAAUCAGUCAAGAUCCACCACAAUAAAUUGUCAGCUUUGCCUUCUUUGCCUCAGUCAUCACUGGACUUGUGCAAUGCACCUGCAACUUCACAAACUAUUCCUUCAGCCUCGAAUGUUGCUAAUUUGACAGAGUCAUCGUCAGCUUCUCAAUUUGAUUUGUUUAAGCAUCUCCCUACAUCUCCUGAUCCAACUCUAGGUUCAUGUCAAAUGCCACACAUUCCUGCUUCGGGUUUGGAGUUAUUCUCAUCAAUGGUACCUAACCAGCAAUCAGCUACACAAUCUAGUAACAACACCUUGAUAAAUGAGGGAUGGGCGACAUUUGACAUGCCUCAAGACACAGCACCAGUAGGAAGUGAGAAAUUUACGCCAGUUUUUGCAGCACCUUUAUCUGAUGGUAACUCGUUAAAACUUUUCUCUGGGCCGUCUGGGAUACCAUCUCCAACGCCAGAUGCAGUAUCCAACAAAGUUCCUUCAGAUGCUGUUAUCCACAUGAAUGAUGGAUGGACAGCGUUCGACAUGCCUCAUCAAAUGGAACCAAUUGGUCCUGGUGUUUCUUUAGAAAAUAAUAGCCCUCAUUUGUCUCUCCUGCAUUUUCCUUCUAUUCAAGGUUCUACCCCAAAUGGCCCAUCCUUUCCUUACUCCGAAGCACAAGGAGGAUAUCCAUUAAUGCCUGCAUUAUCACACGGAGGUAUCCAAAAUGCUGAAGCAACCCCAAGUGGAAGCUCUGCGCCAUGGAAAGCAUUUGAGAGUUCCACUGAUUUUUUUGCAUUACAGGGUGCUCAAAGUAGUAAUCAACAGAACUUUUCUGAUCAUGAAACUCUAAGAACUGAAGUGAGAGGUGGCCACCAAUUGUCUACCAUAUCAUCAUAUGGAGGAUUACGAGAACCUUCAAGAAGCAAAUCUACCAAUCCAUUUGACAUCCCAUAUGAAUCAAACAUUCAAACCAACAAUACAUCUGAUUUCUGGGAUAUGAGCUCCGUCCAAGCUACAUUGCCAAAUGGAGAGGUGCCAAUGCCCUUUGCUGGUGAGAUAAAAGAGCCUUGGUUUGCACAGAAUACGGUUGCAUCUUAUAUUUCAGCUGUAGGAGAAGGUACCUUAGGAUUCAUUUCAGCACAACCUACUGGCAACCAAAUAUCGAAUUCCGCAACACAAGGGCCUAUUGGUGGAAAAAAUCCCUUUGCAUGAAAAUAUCUGUCCUCUACCCACCAUUUGACAUCCACGAAUCGGGUUAGGCUACUUUCUUUUCCCGGUCUGAAAUUGUAUUAAAAUGGGCUUCUCUGUCUGUAUUUAUUUGUGAAAUCAUAAGCUGGUUAAUAUCAUUCGAUCCUCCUCGUAUAUGAUCUCUUCUAAGAGUUAUCUCAAUCCGCAAAUGAAAUUUUCUGUAUUCCAAGUAGUUUGGGACUUGAGCUAAGAAUU